AUGGGCGGACCACAGCGCAAAUACUCCAUCGGGGUUGAUGUCGGGACGUCGUCAGCUAGGGCUGCUUUGUUUGACUGGGAUGGGCAUAUCAAGGCCACUGUGGCCCGCUCGUUGCAGACUUGUAAGCCACGGCCGGGAUACUACGAACAGUCUUCAGAAGACAUAUGGAUUGCAUGUUGUGAAGCUGUUCAAGGGGCCAUAGCCUCGGCUGGGGACAUCUCAGUUCAGGACAUCAAAGGAAUAGGAUUCGAUGCGACGUGCUCGUUAGUUGCUUUGGACGAAGGUUUUCAGCCUGUGUCGAUUUCUCCCUCGAAAGCUACGCAAUGGAAUGUCAUCAUGUGGAUGGAUCAUCGCGCUGAAGCGGAAGCAGAAGAAAUGUCCGCCACUGGUCACACAGUGCUGCAGAGGACAGGUGGUAAAAUCAGUCCAGAGAUGUCAGCCGCGAAAAUUGUAUGGCUGUAUCGGCAUAUGCCAGAGGCCUACAAGACUGCUACGACCUUGAUGGAGCUUCCAGACUUCCUCACCUUCAAGGCGACGGGCAAUCCAGCACGGUCCUUGAACUCUUUGGCGUGCAAGUGGACGUUCGCGGAGGGAGAUGGGUUCAAUGAUUCGUUUUGGCGUGCGGUCGGCAUGGAUGAUCUGGUCGACACGAAGUAUGCGCGAUGCCUUGGAAGCCAGAAAGUGACUGGCGUGGGAGAGGCGCUUGUAAACGGCCUGACGGAGGCUGCGGCCGAACAGAUGGGGUUAGCGGAUUGCGCUGGUAUGCCCGUCGGAGCGGCGGUUAUCGACGCGUAUGCAGGGGCUAUUGGGACACUGGGCGUCACGCUGGAUGGCGAGACCGCACCUGAGGUGCACUCGGUGCAAAAUCGGAUGGCGGCCAUCUGCGGAACGUCUUCGUGCCACAUUGCACUUUCGGCAAAACAUAAUUUCGUACCGGGGGUGUGGGGCCCUUACACGAACAUUCUCCUUCCCGACUUUCAUGUCGCUGAGGGCGGACAAUCGAUCACCGGUGCAUUGUUGACGUACAUCAUCAGGACGCAUCCUGCAUACUCCCUGGUGGAUGCUUCAACGUCAUCCUCCUCGUUUGUUCAGCUCAAUGAAAAGAUAGCGCUACUUUCGGAGUCGCAGAGUCUGCGGUUCUCGGCCAUGAUGACGAAGGACAUGCACCUGACCCCCGACUUUCAUGGGAAUCGCUCACCACUUGCGGAUCCGACCUUGCGAGGCGUUCUGGUUGGGUGUGAAAUGGAUGUAUCCCUCGAUGCACUUGCAAGGACGUACUAUGCAGCCUUGCUGGCCCUUGGUUACGGCACACGGCAGAUCAUAGAUACGCUGAAUUCGAACGGCUACACGGUCGACACCUUGUUUCUUAGCGGGGGCAUGGUGCAGAAUGAUCUCUUCGUAAAGUCUUUGGCAGACACCACGGGAUGUACCGUGGUGUUACCGAGGGAAACCGACGCCGUGUUACUGGGGGCGGCGAUUUUGGGUGCCGCUGCUGCCGAGGGUGGGACCGAUCGGAAUGCUCUUUGGAAAGCGAUGGUGAGGAUGAGCAGCGCUGGUCGUGUGAUCAAGCCUUGUACUGGCUCGGAGGCGGAAUUUCAUCAGAAGAAAUACGAGGUCUUCAAGGAAAUCUAUAGCUUUCAAAAGAAGGCAAAACACAUCAUGGCGGCGUAA